AUGGCUACGAAAACUGUCGAAACCGGAAGUGACGUAUCGGCCGAGAAAGAGGAAACAGAAACCAGAAUGAGGCUUGGAACGCAGGGUAUCUCCGUUACCAUGGAGAAUACCCGCGAAAAUCCAAGCAUUAACAGCUGUUUCUACAAACGAAGAAGGGUAUUUAAAGCAGGAGAAGAGGUCCAGGAGAAUAUCACAGAAUUUAACCAGCUGAAGAAGCCACCUGGCGAAACGCGUUCUGGAAAGCGAAGUGAGCACUGA